ACCGUUUAAAGAUCUUCUGGUAAGUAGUAGUACACACCACAGAGAAUGACAUUCCAGCAGCCCAAAUACUCUAAAAAUAAGCGUGAUGUUUAUACUUCAAUAUUACGUCCCAUUUCCGAGCUCACAGUGUCAGUAAAAGAGGCACAAACGUCAGUCGUGUCAAGCCUUGCCCGCAUCUGCACGAGCCAUAAACAAUUGCCUGAUUUGGAACGCAACUACUUUUUUCGAACGCAUUUGAAUAAAAAAGGCGCGAAAAUAGAAUGUGACAGCCUUGAACUUUUUUAUCUGUAUCAUUUGUGUUUUGUUUUGUAAAAGGUUUAUUUUAUGAUGGAGCGUUUUGUUUUAUAUUCGGUUUUCGUGAUAUUUUUAACAAAUGAUUGCACAGGAUGUUUACUAGAGAGAAUGGUAAAUAAUAGAAGUAUCACCACAGGGAGUUCGUUCUAUGAGGAGUGUUGCUGUUCUGAUGACUCAUCGAUGGUGAAGGAACUAACAUGGCUAGAUCCUUACAACAGAAUAAUUGCGGGACCAGGUACAGAUUCAAAUUUGUACACCGAAGAGCAAAGUGGGUGCCUGUCUCUUCAUAUUCCCAGUGCAAGCAAGACAAUGUCGGGAGCAUACAAGUGUAUGUCUUCCUACGAGGGAAAACAACAAACCCGCAUUCAUAACCUGGAUGUAUAUGAUCCAUUGUACUUCUAUGGCACGGCUAUGGAGCAGUACUUAGUGUUCAACAAUAAUUCCUUGAUCACGUGUCAGGCAAAUGGAGCCACGCCUCCUUUGAUCCGAUGGUACAAAGGAGAAGACGGAGCUAGUGAGAUAUACAACAACACGACAGAAAAAUACCAGAUCAUGCCAGAAGGUUUGAUUGUGAAGAAUGUGAGCACAGAUGAUGAAGGAAUAUACAAAUGUUCAGCAUCUGUUUUGUCGACUGGAGAAGAAGUGGAACUCGAUAUUCAAGCUAAGGUAAUGACGCCUCCAGUUAUCACACAAUUAAAUGGAAAUCCUGACUCCGUUGUACCAGUUGGGGAAAGUCUUAUGAUCCAGUGUUCUACUGAAGGUCUGCCUGAACCUGAAGUGGAGUUGAAGAAAAUACCUGAACCGAGUCCAGGCGAAAACAAGACAGUUCCUUGGGAUAUACAUUCGAAAGGAAUAAUUCGUUUUAAUAGUAUAACACCAGAAGACGCUGGCACUUACGAAUGCAUAGCUAAAAACUUCGUUGGGGAGGCUAAGCAGCAACUAACAAUAACGGUACUGAUCAAACCAGAAAUCAUAGGCUUCACGAAUAGAUCUGCUGUGGAGGGUACAGUAAUACCAAUGUUCUGUAAUGUAACAGGUGUUCCUAUACCAAGUGUUAUGAUUACUUUCGAAGGAAAAAGUUUAGAUGAAGAAAAAGAUACUGAUUAUGAUGAAAUUGUUGAAAAUUUCUCCUUACUGAAAGUAAAUAGAUCUAGUGAAGGAAUAUACAUUUGCAACGCUACUAACGACGUGGACACAAAGACUGAGUUGAUGUAUCUGACAGUCUUACAUCAGCCAUACUUCGACAAGACUUACGAACCGCUUUGGGCUUGGAACGGUGAAACUGUGAACAUCAGUUGCGCUCAAGAUAGCAAUCCCCCUGCUAAUUUUACUUGGAGCUUUGUACCAGGGAACUUUUCAACAAUAGAGCGACAAGAACAUGACAAUAUUGUUCUGGACUAUGAAACCACACUGGAGCAUUCGUUCCCCUUCUCAGAGCAGUUUGCACCAUUUGGAAGACAUGAGUGUAGAGCCAGAAAUCAACAUGGAGAAGCCGUUAAAAUCUUUCAUAUUAGAAAAGGAUCUGUACCAUCAGUUAUUAUAAAUGCUACAACAAUAGAAGAAGCGGCGACAUCAGCUACAUUCUUCAUUGACACUCCGACAGACUAUGAAGGCCCUGACGUCAUAGGAUUUAUAGCAGAAUAUGACGAUAUAGAAAAAUAUGAGAUCACCAAUAUUCACCCAAAUAGGACUUGGGCAGUUGGAAUUCCUUUCAAGCUGGAGAAACUUAAAUCUAAUACCACAUACUACAUUAGGUUUGCGGCGAUAAAUAGAGUUGGUACUGGAGAAUGGAGUAAAUACCUGGCGUUUGAAACUAUGGACAAGUCAGCUCCAGAACCUCCGAUAUGGCAACUAGAUGAGGUCGAGAUAUCGUCGAACAAGGUGCUCAAGUGGAAAGCUCCGGAGAACAACGGGGAACCGAUAGACUACUACGCUUUACGAUACUGCCCGGUUGAUGAAGAAAUAAUUGAGUCAUUAUGUAAAGAGCAUCGACUGGAAGGGGCAACCGAACUAUUAGUGAAUGAACUAGAACACAACGCUACUUAUCAUUUAGAACUGAUAGCUCAUAAUGCUGAGGGAAACUCUACUCCUGCUAAUAUAACUCUUACUAUACCAGACAAACUCACAAGUGCACCAGUAUCAGUACUUACAGCAGGAGCAUUGAUAGGGCUAUCCAUCGUCGUAGUGUUAAUAUGCCUCGUACUACUGGACAUAUUGCUCUACUUCUGGAAAAAACAGGGCAUCAUUGCCAGCUGUUGUUGCAAGAAAAACAAGAAUAAGAAACCAAACCCUUUGAAUCAACGUGACAAGAAAGGUCUGUUGAAAGACAACGGGGAAUCUGGCACAGACGAUACUUUGAGGAGGCCUAACAAUGGGCACAAAGAGUACGAGUACAAUAAGACCACAGGCAUUAUUACCGGGAAACAUUCCUCUGUUUAGAGUAAAGAAUUUUAAAACGUUUAACGUGAAUCGUACGAUUUUUUUGUCAGGAAAUCUGUUGUCAUUGUUCGGUCUUUUCGUACGCCUGUGACGAUAAACGAGGCGCUCAAAUUUUAUUAUAAUGGCGUUUCUGUUUGUGUUUUAUUUCCUUGUAUGGUUUAUUUUCUAAACAUUGUCCAUUACUCCUAUUUUCUCUGCAUAAUAUUUAUAACGUAUUGGCUUCAUAAACAUUGGUGUGU